UUGGUCUUAUCACCCCUCCUCUCUCUUGCUCUCUUAGAUCUCUCCUAUUCAGCCAAUUCCUACCAACCUCUCCGCAAAAACAAAGACCAAUCCCGCCAUGCCUCGCUUUGACGACGCUGACCUGGGUGUUGACCCUGCUGCUCCCGCCCCCAGAGAGUCUCGCCUCAGCGGCACUCUCCCCAUCCCCAACGAUGCUGGAAACACCGUCGAGAUUCCGGCCACCCGCAGCGCCAUCAGUGAUGCCGCUCAGUUCAUGCACAACCUGAGUCUGUCCCCCUCGACGCGGGAACGUCGCAGCUCCCGCAACUCCUUCGGUACCUCUCUGCCUAUCCCCAGAUCUCCCCGGGUUUCCCGCCUGUCCUCCGCCGUUCCUUCCGGACAUGCCUCCGUCACUCGGGACAUCCUGGCCUCGCAGGUCCAGGACAUGUCCAAGGAGAAGGUUGAUGCCGCUAAGAACAUGGCGUUCGCCUUCGACAUCGACGGUGUUCUCGCUCACGGCAACGAGCCCAUUGAGGAGGCAAAGGAGGCAUUGAAGAUGCUGAAUGGCGACAACGAGCUGGGCAUCAAGAUCCCUUAUAUUCUGUUGACCAACGGUGGUGGUAAGACCGAGACCGCCCGUUGCCAGCAGCUCUCCGAGAUCCUGGAGAGCCCCAUCUCCACCGACCAGUUUAUCCAGUCUCACACCCCGAUGCAGGCAUUGGCGGAGUACUACGAGACCGUUCUGGUUUGCGGUGGUGAGGGCCAGAAGAUCCGGGAGGUGGCCGAGAACUACGGCUUCAAGAACGUCGUUCACCCCAAAGAUAUCCUCGCCUGGGACCCCACCGUCUCUCCCUGGCGCACCUUCACCGAGGAAGAUCGCGCCGAGGCUAAGCCCCGUGACUUCUCCAAGGUCAAAUUCGAUGCCAUCCUCGUCUUCGCCGACUCGUAUGAUUACGCGACCGAUAUGCAGCUCAUCAUCGAUCUGCUGCUGGCUGAGGACGGCAAGAUGCUGACCCGCGCCAAGGACCCCGUCGCCUCGCGCAUCCCCGUUUACUUCUCGCAAGGUGACCUGGUCUUCCCUACCAACCACAAGGGACCCCCUCGUCUGACGCAGGGUGCUUUCCGGAUAUCCAUCGAGGCCCAGUACAAGGCCCUCACCGGUGUCGACCUGGAGCGUGUGGUCUACGGCAAGCCCGAGCGUGCCACCUACACCUACGCUGACGAGGUCCUCCGCUCGUGGAUGGAGCAGAUCCACGACGAGAACCGCCUUCCCAAGAACGUUUACAUGGUUGGUGACAACCCGGCCUCCGACAUCUGCGGUGGUAACAUGUACGGCUGGAACACCUGCCUGGUCCGCACCGGUGUGUUCCAGGGCGGCGAGAACGACGACAACAACCCCGCCAACUUCGGUGUCUUCCCCAACGUGCUGGAGGCCGUCAAGGCUGCCGUUCGCAAGGAGCUUGGCGAGGAGUUCAAGUUCAAGUGGAACCCCAAGGUCAACCCUGUCACUCACGGCGAUGGCGCUUCCGCUGUUGAAUAAAUGAAAGCGAACCACAAAAAGUCCACAUCGAAUCAAUCACCAAUAGGACGACCAGGAAAAUUAAAGGAACAUUGGAUGUUCUGAUGGCGUUAGGUGAUAUUUCAGCCUUACCUUCACGACCAUGUCUCUCUAUUUUUUCACCUGCACGAUGGCAUUCUGCAGAAUAUUUUUUUUAUCUUUACGGGUUUACGGAUUUGAAUUACUGAUAUCCAUUGUCGCCUGUCUUGGAAACUCCACUAUAAGGCCGACAAUUCUGUUUUAGCAUAUUAUCGUUAUUAGACUGGGUUUCCUUAUUCUUUUUGAUGUGAUGAUGCCAACCGCAUCAACGACCAAAUCUUGUUACAUACCAACUAUAUCUUUCAACUGGAUUGGGAUCUAGAUAGAUUGGAUUAACAACUAGAGACAUUUCUUUUCUCUUGCA